AUGGCAGCUUCUCCGGUUAAUUUCCUCUUUGGAUUUUUGUUACUUUCCGUUACAUUAUGGCUACUUUUCAUAUCUGCUUCCAGAUUAAUGGCCUGGAUUUUGAGUUGGAUUUUGGGAGCAUCUGUUAAAUUUCGUGUUGGUGGGUGGAAAUGUUUAAGGGACGUGGUAGUGAAGUUUAAAAAGGGUGCUGUUGAAACUGUAUCUGUUGGUGAAAUUAAGCUCAGCUUACGGCAGUCGCUGGUCAAACUUGGCGUGGGUUUUAUGUCCCGGGAUCCAAAGCUGCAAGUGUUAAUAUGUGACUUAGAAGUUGUGAUGAGGCCUUCAAUUAAAAGCACGGGGAAGAAGAAAACUCGGAAAUCCCGUGCUUCAGGAAGAGGGAAGUGGAUGAUUGUAGGCAAUAUAGCAAGAUAUCUGUCAGUUUGUGUGACUGAUCUGGUUCUGAAGACACCAAAAUUUACUGUCGAUAUCAAAGAAUUGAAUGUGGAUAUAUCUAAAGAUGGUGGAUCUAAAUCAAGUUUGUUAGUUAGACUACAAAUAUUACCUAUUCUUGUUCACAUUGGUGAGCCGCGGGUUAGUUGUGACCAGUUAUCUAAUUUAAAUGGCGGAGGAUGCAGUUCUUCGUGCCAGGCAUCCUUUGCUGCUUUAGAAAGGUCUUCCGCCCCUUUUACCUGUGAAAAGUUUUCAGUCUCUUGUGAAUUUGGCCAUGAUAGGGAAGCUGGUAUAGUUAUCAAGAAUGUGGACAUUUCCAGUGGAGAGGUUACAUUGAAUUUAAAUGAGGAGUUGCUUUUGAAAAGCAAGAGUUCAUCAAAGUCUUCUUCUAACUCCAACAGUGUUUUAGGGUCACAAGAUGAUUCUGUAAGCAAUAAAAAACCAUCAAAGAAGCAGCAAAGACUCGCAGCCUUCUCCAAGUACAGUUCUAUGUUUCCUGAAAAGGUCAACUUCAAUCUACCAAAGUUGGAUGUGAAUUUUGUGCAUCGUGAACAUGGUCUUUCUAUUGAAAACAACAUCACUGGUAUCCAAUUGAAAAGCACUAAAUCUCGAUCUACUGAGGAUGUUGGAGAGAGUACACGCCUUGAUUUUCAACUGGAGUUUAGUGAAAUUCAUCUUCUCAGAGGAGCUGGUUCUUCCAUUCUGGAGAUAUUAAAGUUGGAUUUGGUUUCUUUUGUAUAUAUCCCUGUACAGCCAAUUUUACCUGUUAGAGCUGAAACUGAAAUCAAGCUAGGAGGUACUCAGUGCAACGUCAUGAUGAACCAGCUAAAGCCAUGGCUUCUCCUUCAUUUUUCUAAGAAGAAAAAAAUGGUUCUUAGAGAAGAAACUUCUGUUGUUGCAAAGCCACAAUCAACUGAUGGCGAGAUCAUCAUGUGGACAUGCAAUGUCUCGGCUCCUGAGAUGACAAUAGUGCUUUUCGACAUGGUUGGUUCACCAGUGUAUCAUGGAUGCUCACAAUCAUCACAUCUGUUUGCAAACAACAUUUCGAAUACGGGGAUGACAGUACAUGUUGAACUUGGAGAGUUAAAUCUCCACAUGGCUGACGAAUAUCAAGAGUUCUUGAAAGAAAGUGUUUUUGGUGUGGAAUCGAAUUGUGGCUCUAUUAUGCACAUUGCAAAGGUUAGUUUGGAUUGGGGGAAAAAGGACAUGGAAUUGCCUGAAGAUAAUGGUCCCAGGCUAUGUUUAUCAAUUGAUGUGACUGGAAUGGGAGUUUAUCUAACUUUCAAACGAAUAGCGUCACUCAUUUCAACAGCCAUAUCAUUUCAAGCUUUAUUAAAAACCCUAUCUACUUCAAAGAAAAAAUUGUCUCACAGCCAAGGGCGUUUAUCAAAACCUUCAGGGAAGGGAACUCAGAUUUUGAAAUUCAAUCUUGAGAGGUGUUCUGUAUAUAUUUGGGGUGAGACUGGGUUGGAUAAUGCGACUGUUCCAGACCCGAAGCGUGUUAAUUAUGGUUCACAAGGUGGUAGAGUUAUAAUAGAUGUCUCAGAAGAUGGUACCCCACGCAAUGCCCACAUAAUGCCCACUAUUUCCAAUGAAUUCCAGAAGCUUAAGUACUCUGUCUCUCUUGAAAUCUUUCAAUUCAAUUUGUGCACGAACAAAGAGAAACAGUCCACUCAGAUUGAACUUGAAAGAGCCAGAUCUGUCUAUCAGGAAUAUAUGGAGGAAAAUCGGCCAGUAACAAAGGUGGCAUUGUUUGAUAUGCAGAAUGCUAAAUUUGUACGGCGAUCUGGUGGCCUAAAACAGAUUGCUGUCUGUUCUCUUUUCAGUGCUACUGACAUCACUCUUAGGUGGGAGCCUGAUGUACAUCUAUCACUAAUUGAACUUGUAUUGCAACUGAAGUUACUUGUACAUAACAGCAAGCUUGAACACAUGGGAGAUGCAUCUCGCGGACGAGAUGCUAAUUGGAAACAAGAUGCUACCACUGAAUCAGGACAUCUUGAAAAGCAGAAGCAUAAAGAAUCAAUUUUUGCUGUUGAUGUAGAAAUGUUAAGUAUUUCGGCUGGGCUAGGAGAUGGAGUUGAUGGUAUGGUUCAGGUGCAGUCAAUAUUCUCUGAAAAUGCUCGUAUAGGAGUGCUCCUUGAAGGACUUAUGCUUAGUUUUAAUGGGGCUAGGAUCUUCAAGAGUAGUCGAAUGCAAAUUUCACGAAUUCCCAGUGUCUCUGCUAGUGCAUCUGAUGCAAAAGGGCAUGUGGUCACUACAUGGGAUUGGGUAAUUCAAGGUCUUGAUGUUCACAUUUGCAUGCCAUACAGAUUGCAAUUGCGUGCCAUUGAUGAUGUCAUUGAGGAUAUGUUACGAGGUUUGAAGCUCAUAAUUGCUUCAAAGACAAAUUUGAUUUUUCCAAUGAAGAAAGAUAGCUCUAAAGUUAAGAAACCCAGUUCUGUUCAAUUUGGAUGCCUUAAAUUUUGUAUACGCAAGUUAACUGCUGAUAUUGAAGAGGAACCAAUCCAGGGAUGGCUUGAUGAACACUAUCAGUUACUGAAGAAGGAGGCUGGUGAGUUAGCUAUCCGGAUGAAUUUUCUAGAUGAAUUAAUAUCGAAGGCGAAACAUGGUCCUAAAUCUACUGACACCAUUAGUUCUUCUCAAGAAGGAAAAUUUUCUUUUAACAAUAUUGAGGUUGAUGUAAAAGAUGCUACUACUGUUGAAUCCAUAAGAGAAGAAAUUUAUAAAAGAUCAUUCCGAUCAUAUUACCAGGCAUGCCAAAAUCUAGUAUUAUCGGAAGGGUCAGGUGCUUAUAGAGAAGAUUUCCAGGCUGGUUUCAGACCCAGUACUUCGAGGACUUCUCUUCUUUCUAUAACUGCACUAGAUUUAGAUCUAAGCUUGAAAAAAAUUGAUGGUGGAGACGCUGGGAUGAUUCAGGUUCUGAAGAAGCUUGAUCCUGUUUGUCUUGAAAAUGAUAUACCAUUCUCUCGACUGUAUGGGACAAAUAUCCUCCUAAAUACGGGCUCUCUUGUGGUUCAGCUUCGGAAUUACACAUUUCCUCUUUUCUCCGGAAGUUCCGGUAAAUGUGAAGGCCGUCUUGUGUUGGCUCAGCAGGCAACUAGCUUUCAGCCACAAAUAUAUCAAGAUGUCUAUGUUGGGAAGUGGAGAAAGGUUCGCAUGCUACGAUCGGCCAGUGGUACUACUCCACCUAUAAAGACAUAUUCGGAUUUGCCAAUACAUUUCCAGAAAGGCGAGGUAUCUUUUGGGGUGGGUUAUGAACCAGCUUUUGCUGAUGUUAGCUAUGCUUUCACUGUAGCACUUCGGAGGGCUAACCUAAGUGUAAGGAAUCCUGGUCCACUUAUUUCGCCACCAAAAAAGGAGCGGAGUUUACCAUGGUGGGAUGACAUGAGAAAUUACAUACAUGGAAAAGUUUCCCUACUGUUUUCUGAAUCAAGAUGGAAUAUUUCAGCAACUACAGAUCCAUAUGAAAAGGUUGACAAACUUCAAAUUGUAAGCAGCUGUAUGGAAAUUCACCAGUCUGAUGGUCGCGUUUUUGUUUCUGCCAAAGAUUUUAAGUUUCUAUUAAGUAGUUUGGAAAGUUUGGCAAAUCGAUGUGGUUUCAAAAUUCCAACAGGAGUCUCUGGUGCAUUUUUGGAAGCCCCUAUCUUUACUCUUGAAGUUACAAUGGACUGGGAAUGUGGAUCUGGAGAUCCCAUGAAUCAUUAUUUAUUUGCACUACCAGCUGAAGGCAAACCUCGCGAGAAAGUGUUUGAUCCCUUCAGAUCGACUUCUUUUUCUCUCCGAUGGAACUUCUCUCUUAGACCCUUUCCUCUUUCAUUAGAAAAACAUUUCCCAGCUUCCUUUUCUAGAGAUAAUACUGAAGGAGGUGCUACUGUAUUUGAUCCUCCUCAUGUAUCUCAAAAUGUUUCACGCAUGUCCCCUACGUUUAACUUUGGAGCUCAUGAUCUUGCAUGGAUAUUAAGAUUCUGGAAUUUGAACUACAAUCCUCCACAUAAGCUGCGGAGCUUCUCUCGUUGGCCGCGUUUUGGAGUUUCGAGAGUUGCCAGGUCAGGCAAUCUUUCACUAGAUAAAGUGAUGACUGAAUUCAUGCUUCGUCUAGAUGCCACCCCAGCUUCUAUUAAGAACAUGCCUUUAGAUGAUGAUGAUCCAGCCAAAGGACUGACUUUCACAAUGACAAAACUAAAAUAUGAACUGUGUUAUAGUAGGGGCAAGCAAAAAUAUACUUUUGAAAGCAAGCGUGAUAUUCUUGAUCUUGUUUACCAGGGUCUUGACUUUCAUAUGCUCAAAGCUUUCAUAAAUAAGGAAGCCUCUGCUAGUGUUGCUAAAGUAGUUAACAUGAUACUGAAAAGUUCACAAUCUAUAUCAACAGACAAAGUCACCUCUGACAAAGGUUACAUGACAGAGAAAAAUCGUGAUGAUGGGUUUCUAUUGUCCUCUGAUUACUUCACUAUCAGAAGACAAUCCUCAAAGGCCGAUCCUGCCAGGUUACUAGCGUGGCAAGAAGCAGGGAGAAGAAAUGUUGAGAUGACAUAUGUACGGUCUGAGUUUGAAAAUGGGAGUGAAACUGACGAACAUGUGCGGUCUGACCCAAGUGAUGAUGAUGGUUACAAUGUGGUAAUAGCUGACGGUUGUCAGCGUGUGUUUGUCUAUGGUCUUAAGCUUUUGUGGACUAUUGAAAACAGAGAUGCUGUUUGGGCUUGGGUUGGUGGCCUAUCCAAAGCCUUUGAGCCUCCUAAGCCUUCUCCAUCUCGGCAAUAUGCACAGAGGAAAUUACUUGAGGAAAACAAAAAGCAUGAUAGAUCCGAUUUAGGUCAAGAUGAUGUUUCAAAGUGUCCUGCCAAUGGUAAAAUUUCUAAGUCUCCCUCUUCUCAGCAAGCAGGUACGUCCGGGUCAAUUUCAUCUCCAUCAAAUUCAGUUAAGGAGGACACUUUGCUAUCUGCUAAGAUGGAGAACAUAGAUGAUUCAGAUGGGACUCGACACUUCAUGGUGAAUGUCAUUGAGCCACAAUUUAAUCUUCACUCGGAGGAUGCAAAUGGUAGGUUUCUGCUGGCUGCUGUCAGUGGCCGUGUUUUGGCUCGGUCGUUUCAUUCUGUCCUUCAUGUUGGUUAUGAGAUGAUUGAGAAAGCUUUUGGUGCCACGGACGUACAUAUUGGUGAAUACCAACCUGAAAUGACAUGGAAAAGAAUGGAGUUCUCUGUUAUGUUGGAGCACGUACAAGCUCAUGUUGCACCAACAGAUGUUGAUCCUGGAGCUGGAUUGCAGUGGCUUCCUGAAAUUCUUAGAAGUUCUCCAAAAGUAAUGCGUACGGGUGCUCUUCUCGAGAGAGUUUUUAUGCCCUGUGAUAUGUAUUUUAGGUACACAAGGCACAAAGGGGGCACUCCAGAACUGAAAGUGAAACCUUUGAAGGAGCUCACAUUCAAUUCUCGUAAUAUAACGGCAACAAUGACAUCUCGCCAGUUUCAGGUCAUGCUGGAUGUGUUGAUCAAUCUUCUCUUUGCACGCCUUCCAAAGCCUCGAAAAAGUAGCCUGUCCUUUCCGGCCGAAGAUGAUGAUGAUGUUGAAGAAGAAGCAGAUGAGGUGGUUCCUGAUGGUGUUGAAGAGGUGGAGCUUGCAAAAAUUAAUCUUGAAAAAAGACAAAGGGAACAAAAGUUGAUUCUUGAUGAUAUUCGAAAAUUGUCUCUUUGGUGUGACUCUUCUGGAGAUGUACAUGCUGAAAAGGAAAGUGACUCGUGGAUGAUAACUGGUGGAAGAUCUAUGCUGGUCCAAGGAUUGAAGAGAGACCUAUUAAGUGCACAAAAAUCUAGAAAGGCAGCAUCUGUAGCACUAAGGCUAGCUCUUCAAAAAGCUGCGCAGCUAAGGUUGACAGAGAAGGAGAAGAACAAAAGUCCUUCAUAUGCUAUGCGGAUAUCUCUGCAAAUUAAUAAAGUUGUUUGGAGCAUGCUUGUUGAUGGUAAAUCCUUUGCUGAAGCCGAGAUCAAUGACAUGAUAUAUGAUUUCGACCGGGAUUACAAGGAUGUCGGUGUUGCUCAGUUUACGACAAAAUAUUUUGUUGUCAGAAACUGCCUGCCUAAUGCCAAGUCUGAUAUGCUUUUGUCAGCAUGGAAUCCUCCGUCUGAAUGGGGAAAAAAAGUGAUGCUUCGGGUUGAUGCACAACAGGGAGCUCCAAGAGAUGGAAAUUCUUCUCUUGAACUUUUCCAGGUAGAGAUUUAUCCCCUUAAGAUCCAUUUAACAGAGACGAUGUACAGAAUGAUGUGGGAGUAUUUCUUUCCAGAAGAAGAACAAGAUUCCCAACGGAGGCAGGAAGUUUGGAAGGUUUCUACCACUGCUGGUGCAAGGCGUGUAAAGAAAACAUCGCUCCUUGAAGGUUCUGCUUCGAGUAGUCACUCAGUAAAAGAGACCGAGGCCUCAUCUAAAUCUGGCAUAUCUGCAAUGCUAUUUCCUGCAACAAGUCAGCUUCCUGUCCACGCUGUAUCAGCUCAAAUAACCAAAGUGCAAAGUGCCAAAGAAAACCCUAGUACUAGUAUAACCCCUGAGUUGAGAAGGACAUCAUCUUUUGACCGAAGUUGGGAAGAGACUGUUGCCGAAUCUGUAGCUAAUGAACUUGUUUUGCAAAGUUUCUCUUCCUCAAAAGAUGUUCCAUGUAGUUCUGCCGAGCAACAAGAUGAAGCCAAGAAUAAAUCAAAAGAUUCCAAAGGUGUUAAAGGUGGCCGCUCAUCUCAUGAAGAAAAAAAGGUGGCUAAGUCACAUGAAGAGAAGAGAUCAAGGCCACGGAAAAUGAUGGAGUUUCACAACAUCAAAAUUAGCCAGGUGGAAUUAUUGGUUACAUAUGAAGGACAGAGGAUUGUUGUAAAUGAUCUCAAGUUACUUAUGGAUCAAUUUCACCGGCCGGAGUUUACUGGGACUUGGCGAAAACUCUUUUCCAGAGUUAAGAAGCACAUCAUCUGGGGGGUCCUGAAGUCUGUGACUGGAAUGCAGGGUCGGAAAUUUAAAGAUAAAGGUCAGAGUCAGCCUACAGGAGCUGGUGUUCCUGAAAUCGACCUCAAUUUUAGUGACAAUGAAGGCCAAGGAGGAAAGUCUGAUCAAUAUCCGCCAUCUUGGCCCAAGCGUCCAGGUGAUGGUGCAGGUGAUGGAUUUGUGACAUCUAUUAGAGGACUAUUCAGUACUCAGCGUCGCAAGGCAAAGGCAUUUGUGCUCCGAACUAUGAGGGGUGAAGCAGAAAAUGAUUUUCCAGGUGAUUGGAGUGAAAGCGAUAUGGAAUUCUCUCCUUUUGCUAGGCAGCUGACCAUUACAAAAGCUAAAAAACUUAUUAGGAGGCACACUAAGAAGUUCCGCUCCAGAGGACAAAAAGGUUCAUCUUCCCAACAAAGAGAAUCGUUACCAUCAUCUCCAAGAGAGACAACCACAUUUGACAGUGAUUCUUCUAGCGGAUCCUCACCAUAUGAAGAUUUUCACGAAUAG